CUGCUUUCCCUAUCUGCGCCUAAUGACUGAGCGACGUGACGAGAUUUGUUGUGAUGUCACACGGGGCAUUUCUGGUCGGGACGGGAUUCGUUCCGAGGGAUUCGAAUAAAGAACCAACUCUUUUUCUUUACUCAAAGUGGUCUCCAUAACGGGUACCGGUUCUCAAAAAGGGAUUCGAGUCCGAGGACUCGGUUCAAUUCUUAUUAAACAACAGGGGAAACCGGUUUCGAGUAUCAUCCCUAGUUAUGAAAGCUGUCCUUUACGUCACGUCUGGGCUAACUUGGAAGUUCACUUUGACUUCAGCUUCAGAAAACGGGACUUUUGUUUCCAGGUGGAUUCCGUCGGAAGCCGGACAUCAUUUUCACUGCAGGAUGGGCUUCAGUGAGUUGCUGGAGGAGAUUGGUGGAUUUGGGAGGUACCAGUGGCUCCACGUGACCUUGAUCUGUAUCCCGUGCCUCCUGAUGGCGAGUCAGAACCUUUUAAACAACUUUGUGUCUGGAAUCCCCUCCCACCACUGCAGUCUGGCCAAUUAUAGCCUCCUGGACACGCUUCCGCAGCAGGUGGAGCAGAAAGACAUCUUGAAGGCCUUCAUACCUCUGGACUCUUCAGGAACAAAACUAGACCGCUGCAGCAGAUACGUGACGCCUCAGUGGCAUCUGCUGGCGACUAACAGCUCCGCAAACACCAGCCACUUGCAAACUGAAAGCUGUGUGGACGGGUGGACCUUCGAUCGGUCCGAGUUCCUCACCACCACCGUGUCCGAGUGGGAGCUGGUUUGUUCCCUGCGUCCUCUCAAGCAGAUGAUUCAGACCAUCUAUAUGGGCGGAGUUCUGACCGGCGCUAUCCUCUACGGUGGCCUGUCCGACAGGUUUGGGCGGCGGACUGUCCUUAUUUGGUCGUACUUGCAGUUGGGCAUCCUGGGCUGUAGCUCCGCCCUCUCGCCGACCUACACCAUCUACUGCGCUUUUAGGUUUCUGACUGGGAUGGCAGUGUCGGGGGUCAUCCUGAAUUCCGUCUCCCUGAAGGUGGAGUGGAUUCCGACCAAAACCAGGACGCUGGUGGGCACGCUUACCUCCUCCUUCUUCACCUUUGGUCAGCUCAUCUUGGCGGGCCUGGCUUACUGGCUGAGAGAUUGGAGGAAGCUCCAGCUGGUCAUCUGCGCUCCCCAAUUCCUGUUCUUUGCCUACAGCUGGUGGUACUCGGAGUCGGCGCGAUGGAUGGUUCUGAAGCGAAAAUACGAAGAGGCGUUGAAGACCCUUCAGCGAGUUGCCCGGAUCAACGGAAAGAAGGAAAUGGCGGACAAGCUGACGUUGGAGGUUCUAAACUCCCACAUGAAGAAAGAGAUCGAGUCCUCCCAGACAAUGUUCACGGCCUAUGACUUGGUGAGGACCGCAGCAAUGAGGCGCAUCACUGUGUGUCUCAUCGCAGUCUGGUUCUCCACCAGCUUCACGUAUUACGGCUUGGCCACGGACCUGCAGAAGUUCGGGGUGAGUAUUUACCUGAUGCAAAUCAUCUUUGGAGCUGUUGAUUUCCCGGCCAAACUUGCGGCUCUGGCCAUGCUCAGUUAUCUUGGGAGGAGAGUGUCACAGGCCACAUGCCUCUUCAUGUCCGGCCUCAUCAUCUUUGCCAACAUCUAUGUCCCGACAGACAUGCAGACCGUCAGAACCAUACUGGUGUGUCUCGGUAAAGCCUUCAUGUCAGCGUCCUUCACCACCGUCUACUUGUACACUGGAGAACUUUACCCCACCAUCAUCAGGCAGACCGGAAUGGGUCUGGCCUCCACCAUGGCCAGGGUUGGCAGCAUGGCGGCGCCGGCCGUCCUCAUCCUGGACGAGGUGUUCCCUUCGCUGCCCAGUGUGGUCUACGGGGGUGCGGCUGUAAUAGCCGCAGGCUUCGCUUGCUUCCUACCUGAGACGCUCAACGUUCCGCUGCCAGAAACCAUCCAGGAUGUGGAGGAGAGAUUGUCUGGAAAAAGUGUGGCCGACAAGAAGAAAAAGGGAGAAUCUUCAGAAGAUGAGCAAGCGGUGUCCUUGAAGGAAAUUGUAGUAAACGGUCUUAACGCUCUCUGACACUGCUCAUAAAAACGCAACAAAUAUUAAUUAUUUUUACUAUUUAAGUCAGGGCUAUCAAACGUACAGCCCAAGGGCCGGAUCAGGCCCGCGAACAGGUUUUAUCCGGCCCGCGGGAUGAGUUUGCUAAGUAUAAAAAUUACCCUGAAAUUUUUUAAUGAAAGAAACAGCUUUUUUAAAUGUGUUCACUAGAUGUCACAAUAGCAAUUCUUUGUAGAUGAUGCUACAUAUGUAAAAAAAAAACUAAAAAACUAAUAAACCACAUGAUGUCAAGGAAAAUGAUCAAACUACAUAAAUAACAUCCCGUAAUUUGAUUUUGAUAUCAUUUUUUUUAUCUUGAUAGAUUGAAAAUUAACACCAAUGAGUUGACUGAUGAACAUUAUCACAUAAUUUAUUCAGAAAAUAUACAGUAUUUUUCGGAGUAUAAGUCGCACCUGCCAAAAAUGCACAAUAAAGAAGGAAAAAAACAUAUAUAAGUCGCAUUGGAGUAUAAGUCGCAAUUUUUGGAGAAAUUUAUUUGAUAAAACCCAACACCAAGAAUAGACAUUUGAAAGGCAAUUUAAAAUAAAUAAAGAAUAAUGAACAACAGGCUGAAUAAGUGUACGUUAUAUGAGGCAUAAAUAACCAACUGAGAACAUGCCUGGUAUGUUAACGUAACAUAUUAUGGUAAGAGUAACAUAUAGAACAUGCUAUACGUUUACCAAACAAUCUGUCACUCCUAAUCGCUAAAUCCCAUGAAAUCUUAUACGUCUAGUCUCUUACGUGAAUGAGCUAGAUAAUAUUAUUUGAUAUUUUACGCUAAUGUGUUAAUAAUUUCACACAUAAGUCGCUCCUGAGUAUAAGUCGCACCCCCGGCCAAACUAUGAAAAAAAACUGCGACUUAAUAGUCCGAAAAAUACGGUAAAUAACAUCCUGUAAUUUGAUUUUGACAUCAUUUUUUUUAUCUUGAUAGGUUGAAAAUUAACACCAAUGAGUUGACUGAUGAACAUUAUCACAUAAUUUUUUCAGAAAGAAAGAUGGAAUACUAUUAACUGCAACAUGUAAGUGUACAAAAAACCCCAACAACAUUAUGAUUUGUACAAUUUCAGAAUGUGCUUGUUCUAUUUUUAAACAAAGAAAACAAUCUGAAGUUGUCUUCAUUUUUUAAUUAUUUUUCUGUGAUUUUACCAGUCCGACCCGCUUGGGAGUAGAUUUUCCUCCAUGUGGCCCCCGAUCUAAAAUGAGUUUGACACCCCUGAUUUAAAUAACACACAGCUGAUCAUCGUAUCCACAUUUUACUUGAGUGUUACACUAAUAAAACCGAUUUAUAAGAUUAGCACUUUAAAAGCACUUAUUUCCAUUCAAAAUGAUUAAUGAUUUGAUAAUAGAUUAGAUAUAUACUGUAUAUAGCGCUUUUCUAGACACUCAAAGUGCUUCACAGAGAAGUGAGAACCCAUCAUUUGAUCACACCUGGUGGUGGUAAGCUACUUUCGUAGCCACAGCUGCCCUACAGCCCCUCCGAUCACCACCUAUCAUUCACCAGUGUGAGCGGCACCGGGGGCAAGGGGGAAGUGUCCUGCCCAAGGACACUACGGCAGCGAUUUGGAUGGUAAGAGGCGGGGAGCGAACCUGCAACCCUCAGGUUUCUGACACGGCCGCUCUACCCACUAGGC